AUGUCUUUCCCAGCCGUCUAUGUUUCGGAAAACGAAGAUGACAGUCAAGGAAUCCCUGUUCCCAGAGGGGAUGAAGUCUUCACCCAAAGGGGAGACAAAUUUGGUCCGCAUUUCAGGUCUCAGUCGACCUCUGCUUCUCUUGGCGCUCUUCGCCGCCUUUGUAACAUCCCCCAGGAAAUUGAAUUCUCUCUUCCUAGACCCAACGAGUCUCCAGAAGUGGUGCGAGAGGGUUACUGUUGUGCGUACGAAGUAUAUUUCAAAGGUUGUGGGAACCAGACGAUCCCCCACCCAACCGUUGACUUCUUGUCCUUCUUUCGAAUCGUUUCCGAGGGUGAAACAAAUUGGAAUUCCCUCACCCUUCAACGCAUUCAUAAAGCGGGGCUUGCCAUUAAAGACGGUCAGACUCACCCCCUCAAUCCUCCUCCAGAGGAGAAUGACGUCUCGAGCCUGAAUGCCCGAGAUAAAAGAAAGAUGCAUGUUGAAAUCAAGGCUCUUAAGGAUCAGCUAUCCGAAAUCGGGAGAAAGAAACGGAUAGCUGCAAUCUCCAUGGUUGGUAACUUCCACAGGAAGACCCUCUUAGUUGAUGAUGGUUCAUUAGAAGCAGCCUUGUCAGCCGCGGUGGAUACUCAUGGAGCCGAGAUCCUUAACGAACCUCCAGUUGCCACCGCAAUUUGCCCUUCCGAACCAGGGUGUGAGGGAGAAAUAACCUCCUCUCCUUGUACAAAGAGGAAGGCUCCAGAUUCUGAUAAUCUAUCAAAACCUUUAAACUCCGAGCUCCCUCUUCCGGGAGACAGAGUUAUUUCAGAGGAAACAGAUGAGUCGAGACCUGAGGCUCCUCUAUCUCAAGGACUGAGUGUUAGGACUCAAAAUCCUUUACCCGCUUCGAUUUCAGGUGGAGAAGAGAUUGGAGACAUCUUCCGAAGUUUCCAAACCAGGGAAGGGGCAUCCCUUCCUCCUUUUUCGGUUUGGAGGCCGGAAAUCCGUCAGAUGUUUACCAAUCGAGCUCGCUACCUAUCCCAGGCGUUUAUGGAGACUAAUGGAAUGAUCUUCCAUUAUGAGAACCUUCUUCAUCAAGCGAAGAGAGAGACCGCAAAGGCUAAGAAGGAGGUUGAUGAUCUCAGAUUAGCCAAGCAAUCCGAGCGACUUGAGCGGGAAAAAGCACUCGAGUUAUCUUUUGAAAAUAUGAAGAAAACUCUAGCAGCUAACGAGCAACGCAUCAGAAUUGCGAAUGCUGAAAGAUAUUCUGCGAGGUCUAAUGCUUCUCGCUUGGAGGCUGAGCUAGAGGAGAAUACGGCUUUGUUCGAAGAAGCAAAUCAAGAGAUCGAGCUUUUAACUAGGAACAGGGCUCGCGAUAUCGCUGAAGCCGAACAUAAUGCUCGAGAAGAGAUGAGGGGAUUCGGUAGGCAACUUAUUCAAUCUGUUACGAAGUUCAUCAAGGACGAAGAGGUCUGGACUAAACUUCUAACAGAUCGAGCCGAACUGAAGAGCAAUCUAGACCUGAUUAAGGAACUAGAGGCUGGGAGAGUUUCGUUCGAGAACGAGAGGAGCGAAGUUGCUGCCGAACUCGCUAUGGUUGAGUCCGAGUUAUCCUCGGCUUCCCGUCCUGCUCUCGAUCUGAAACAAUUUUCUUUGGUAUUUGGAGACUCCCCAUCUCAAUUCGAGGUAGGUGAAGGUUCUCGGCCACAUGAGGGUUCUCCAGAGGUGUAG